AUGAACCCCCCCGCGGCCGGCGGGGACGAGACGGGGGCGGCGGGCGGCGGCGGCGGCUGCCGGGGCGCCGAGGGCGGCGGGGAGGCGGCGGGCGCCGCCGGGAUCCCGGAGGAGCAGGGGCUGUCGGCGGCGGACGAGUCGCUGGAGGAGAAGCUGCGCAGCCUCACCUUCAGGAAGCAGGUGUCCUACAGGAAAGCAAUCUCCAGGUCAGGCCUCCAGCACUUGGCUCCUGUGCAUACCCUCAACAUUCCAGUCACCAAUGGACCUGUGAAGGAACCAAGAGCAGCCUUAGAGUGGACUGAAAAUGCUGUGAAUGGAGAGCAUCUGUGGCUAGAGACAAAUGUUUCUGGGGACCUCUGCUACCUGGGGGAGGAGAGCUGCCAAGUCAAAUUCUCAAAGUCUGCUCUGAGGAGGAAGUGUGCUGCCUGCAAGAUCGUGGUCCACAACGCCUGCAUGGAGCAGCUAGAGAAGAUUAACUUUCGCUGCAAACCAACUUUCCGAGAAGGAGGCUCCAGAUCUCCAAGAGAAAACUUUGUGCGGCACCACUGGGUGCACCGGCGGCGGCAGGAGGGCAAAUGUAAGCAGUGUGGAAAGGGCUUUCAGCAGAAAUUCUCCUUCCAUAGUAAAGAGAUUGUGGCCAUCAGUUGUUCCUGGUGCAAGCUGGCGUUUCAUAACAAAGUCACCUGUUUCAUGCUACAUCACAUUGAGGAGCCAUGUUCCCUGGGGGCUCAUGCUGCUGUCAUUGUGCCUCCCACCUGGAUCAUUAAGGUGAAGAAACCUCAGGUGGUCUCCAUACCAGGAGACGAGCCUGAUUGGGCAGGAGACUGGAGCCCCGAAGGGGAAACGGGCGUCUCCUACCCCUUUUGGGAGGGUUGGCAGAACUCCUUAAAGACUUCAACAAGGCGAAAGAAGAGAACGUCCUUUAAAAGAAAAGCCAGCAAAAGAGGAAAUGAUGAUAACAAAGGCCGGCCUUUUGUGAUAAAACCUAUCUCCUCUCCGCUCAUGAAGCCACUGCUGGUUUUUGUCAAUCCAAAAAGUGGAGGGAAUCAGGGCACCAAGGUACUCCAAAUGUUUAUGUGGUAUUUGAAUCCACGCCAGGUCUUUGAUCUCUCUCAGGAAGGGCCGAGAGAUGCGCUGGAGCUGUACAGAAAAGUGCCGAACCUGCGGAUCCUGGCGUGUGGCGGGGAUGGGACGGUGGGCUGGAUCCUGUCCAUCCUUGAUGAGCUGCAACUCAGCCCUCCACCUCCUGUGGCUGUCCUUCCACUUGGCACUGGGAACGACCUUGCCCGCACCCUCAACUGGGGUGGGGGUUACACAGAUGAGCCAGUGUCCAAGAUCCUGUGCCAUGUAGAAGAUGGAACCAUUGUCCAGCUGGACCGUUGGAAUCUCCAGGUUGAGCGCAACCCUGAUUUGCCCCAGGAUGAGCUGGAGGAUGGGGCACGUAAGCUUCCCCUCAAUGUCUUCAAUAAUUACUUCAGUCUUGGAUUUGAUGCACAUGUUACACUGGAGUUCCAUGAAUCCAGAGAAGCAAAUCCAGAGAAAUUCAACAGCCGAUUUAGAAAUAAAAUGUUUUAUGCCGGGGCAGCCUUUACAGACUUUCUGCAAAGAAGCUCAAGAGAUUUAUCCAAGCAUGUUAAAGUUGUGUGUGAUGGUACAGACCUGACUCCAAAGAUCCAGGAGCUGAAGUUCCAGUGUAUAGUGUUUUUAAACAUACCCAGGUAUUGUGCUGGCACGAUGCCCUGGGGGAACCCUGGUGACCACAGAGACUUCGAGCCGCAGCGUCACGACGAUGGCUACAUCGAAGUCAUCGGCUUCACCAUGGCCUCGCUGGCUGCUCUCCAGGUGGGCGGCCACGGGGAGCGGCUGCACCAGUGCCGGGAGGUGACGCUUCUGACGUACAAGUCCAUCCCCAUGCAAGUGGACGGCGAGCCCUGCCGGCUGGCCCCCUCCCUCAUCCGCAUCUCCCUGAGGAACCAGGCCAACAUGGUGCAGAAGAGCAAGAGGAGAACCUCCAUGCCUUUGCUGAAUGAUCCUCAUUCCAUCCCAGAUCGCCUGCGGAUCAGAGUGAACAGGAUUAAUUUACAAGAGUACGAGGGGCUACAUUACGACAAGGAAAAGCUCCGGGAAGCUUCCAUUCCCCUAGGGAUCAUAGUUGUACGAGGAGAUUGUGACUUGGAGACUUGUCGUAUGUACAUUGACCGUCUGCAAGAGGAUCUACAGUCAGUAACCUCUACUACACAAAGAGUUCAUUACCAGGACCAGGAAAGCUCUUUCCCCAGAGUACUUUCUGUUCAGAGGCUCUCUCCUAGAUGGUGCUUCCUAGAUGCAACUUCUGCUGAUCGUUUUUACCGCAUUGACAGAUCUCAGGAACAUUUGCACUUUGUGACGGAAAUUUCGCAGGACGAGAUUUUUAUUCUGGACCCAGAGAUGGUAAUGUCUCAGCAGGUGGGGACGCCUCCAGGAAUGCCUGACCUGGUAGUGGAGCAGGCAACUGGAAUAUCAGAGCGGUGGAACCCCGCGGUUCGGAAGAGGAUGCUGAGCGACAGCGGCCUUGGAAAGAUUUCUCCCCACUACGAGGUACCUGACAAACAAAAGGACGCCAGCCAGACACAUAUGCUGCAGUCACCGGUUUCUUCAGAAGAUCAAGCACUUUUACAGGCUGUCAUAUCUGGUGAUCUACUGAAGUUCAUAGAAUGUUGUAAAAAAGGAGCCAAUUUGUUAAUCCAAGGACCUGAUCACUGCUCCUUAUUGCACCACGCUGCCAAGACUGGGAAUGGUGAGAUUGUGAAAUACAUCCUGGAGCAUGGUCCAUCUGAAUUGCUGGACAUGACAGACAGUGAAACGGGGGAGACAGCACUACACAAGGCAGCCUGCCAGCGCCACCGCGCCGUCUGCCAGCUCCUGGUGGAUGCAGGAGCCUCUCUGAGAAAGACAGACUCCAAGGGUAAGACCCCUCGUGACAGGGCUCAGCAAGCUGGUGAUCCAGAUCUGGCCUCCUACCUGGAGAGUCGACAAAACUAUCAAAUGGUUUCCCACGAGGACCUGGAGACAGCAGUCUGAUGUCUGAAAAUGUCCCAAAGGAUCCCUGGAAAUCUCGAGACUGCACCUGAGGCACUACUCAGGCCUCGUGUGAGGAAGAAACUGAUGGAACCCACGUGUCUCUCACUCUCGAGGAAAAUACCUGAGGACAUGCCACCAGUUUCUAAGGGCUACUGAGUCUUGCUGGGAACGUUUAUGUUCCAUAAGUUAGCCCAUGAUGGAUGAGGUGGGACGCUGAAAGGUCUGUGGAAUCCAUAGGCCGUGAAAAUUUACCUUUAUUGCUUACAGCAAGUAGCAUGAACUUCUCCCAUGUUCAUCUGUAUAAUUUAUUAAAAAAAAAAAGAAAAAAAGGAAAGAGUAAAGAGGAUGUAGGGGAACAAAAUCCAAAUGAACUGGUACAUUAAGCCACCCAACCAGGCUGUCCUCCAUCCUUACAGUUUCCUGCAUUGCUUUUAUUCUCCUGUUCCCCUCACUUCUCAUCAGUUAAAUAUUACCUGUUAUCUCUGUGUUGUCUUCACAAAUGGUCAGGCAGUAGCAAAAUGUUUGAGGAGCUCUGGAUGCCCUUAAGAAAUAUCCAGUGUUUUUACCAGCUACAUUCCCUCCCCUGCCAUCCUCUCAGAAGCUGUGUUGUCAGUACUCAGCCCCCACAGAGUUUUCUUGCUUUUGGAGGGGAUGUUGCUUAUUGCCUUGUUUCCCAGGGUUUGGGCACAGUCAUGCUUACAGCAGUGACAAAACCCAAGCUCAUCAUUGCUGGGCAUGCUGGGUUAUGGUAUCCUCACAAGACAGGCAUUUGUAUGGAAAGGAGCUCUAUGGGAUGUACCAUGCUGAAUGUCAGAGGAGAAAGUCACCAGGAAGGUUUCUCAUAUCACUUUUUUGCCUGUAAUGGCUGACCCAGCUCUUCUCAGGUUUCAGGCCUGCCUAGAAGUUGAUAGGUUCUUCAGUUCUUUACUUCUGAAAAGUUGGGUUUUACACUGGGCAGAGAUUUGUGCAAAGCUGAUGGAAUUCUGAUGGACUCAGUGACAGACCCAGUCCCCUUUGCAUCACAGCCAUGGGGGAGGAAGGAGACCUGGAACAUCAGCAGCCAGCCUGGGCUCGCUGCUGCCAACAAACACAUGGGCACUGGCCUGGUCACAUUGGGAAUGGCAAAACCUCCUUUGGCUGAAUCUGUAAACUGUCUGAUUCUUCAAGGGAGCCAAGUUUUGGGGAGUCUGUCCCUGGAGAAAGACAAGCAGCAGCUCUUUGCCUUGUUACCCACAAUAGGUUUGAAAUGUAAAGCUUAGCUGCUGUAAAGGCCAGCUGUGUCUUCUGUACUCAUCUGUUCUCUGUCUUACAACCAUAAAAGAAGAGAAAGCAAACAAAUACACAGGCAUAAAUAAAAUGUUUCAUUGUUGGGUUUCCAAUUGCUACAGAUAUCUCAGUUGAUAAUAUAGCAGAGCUUCCACUUCUACUUUGUCAGACCAGUGCCCAUGAAGAUGCUCAUGGCUGACUUUUGGCAUAACUCUUGCAAUACAUUUUUGAAUUUUGCUUUGUUAUUCUAUUUGAAAGAUCCACAACUGUUUGUUUUCACAUCCCUUGCUAGGGGUACCUCUCUGAUAAAUGAUGAUCAUUGGGGUUACAUACAUUUGGAAACCAUGAAAAUAACUCAGGUCAUUAUUCAGAUAUGUUUUUCUUCUUUGGUAGAAGUGGAGAAAAAUCAAAUGAAAGCAAUUUUUUUUUUAAGCACGAGUGAUUGUUGUGGUAGGGAGGGGGGGAGCUAAAUAAUAUAUUUUAAUUUUUUUUCCUGUUUUCAAAAGUUCAUUUGAUAUGGGCAAAAUAUUUCUUUAGUAUUUCUUCCUCUGGAAGGAAACUAUAUAUAUUUGUAAUCUAUAGAUCAAUGGCGACAUGAAAUGUAUUUUGUCUUAUUUUCUGUCUUUACCUUUCUCAUUUAAAAAAUAAAAUAUGAAAGCCAAAUUACUUCCCUUGAUAAUUAUCCAGGGGCUUGUGGAGAAAGUAAGUAUGUGUAUAUAUUAGAACAGAAUUUGGCAACUGUUAAAAUAAAAACUCAGAAUAUA